AUGAAAGCUGUACUUGAGACAACAAAUGCGACUGAUGGAAAAGAUUUGGGAAGUUUAUUGAAGAAAAUUGAUGUAUUGAUUAACAGACGGCAAAUGAAAUGGCUGAGUAAUCAAAAAAAGCUUGAUGAUCUUCAACGUGAUCUCUUAUUAAAAGAAUGUGAAAGUACAAGAAAUCGUGCUGCCUUAGAAAAAAAAGAUGUUGAGGUAAAUCAAUUGCAUAAAAUGCUGGACAAAGCCGAUAAAACAACAAGAGACAUAAUCAAAAAAUAUGACGAUGAACUUUUUAUUCUAACACAACAACUUAAAACUGUCCAGCAAGAACAUGAGCGGUUACAAAAAACACACAAAAAACAAGAAAGCAAAACCGGUUUCAAUACACGAGAAACAUCAGCAGAAGUACGAAAACUUCAAGAAUUAACAAAGAAAUUAGAAUUUGACAAUAAAAAGCUACGUGAAGAGCAGGAUGUAUUGAAAGUGGAUGAUAAUCGCAAACGUGUUCAUUUUAAUCUUGAUGCACAAAAACUCAAAGAUUUACAAGAUCAUAUUCAGCAAUCGCGUGAACGUGAACAAGCACUUCUUGAACACAAUAGUUAUUUAGAAACAUUAGUUCAAUCGUUACAACGCAGCAAUAGUGCACCAGAAUUGCGUGCUACACAAACUAUUCUUGAAUGUAAAAUAAAAAGUUUAGAAAAUGAUAUUGAUUAUUACAAACGUCGUUCAGAUGAUCAGAAUAUAAAUGAUUUUUCGUUACAAAUUCGACGUUGCAAUGAAGAAGUAUUGAAUGCAAAACGUGAUAUGAAUCGUUUAAAUUUUGAAUUAAAUGAAAAAAAUACAACCAUAGUAAAUAUGCAUGCCAAAAUUGAAUGUUUAGAAAAUGCAUUGAAAAUGUCUAAUCAAAGAAUGAAUGCUCAGUUAGUUGAAAUUGAGGAUCUUCGUUCGCGUAAUGAUGAUCUCUUGCGAAAACCAGCAUCAUCUAUCACCAUCAUCAAUCAUGCUAGAAAUGGAAGUGAUGAUGAAUUACAUCAACAACGACAACAACAACAACAGAGACUGUCAACUACUAAUGGUUAUUGUUCUGAUGUGUUAGCAUCUAAUAAUAACAACAACGAUUAUUUUUCCUCUGAUUUAAACAACGGUUUUAGAACAAGUUCGCCAGUGAAAUCACCUGAUAUUCCAAAAUAUGUACAUAAUUUGAAGAAAGAAUAUGCCGCGUCUAUCAAUUUAUAUCAACGUGAUUAUGAAAAUCGCGUAUGA